AUGCCAGGGCCAAGACCUCGGAAGGGCCCUCCGGCCAGUGGCCAGGGUGUGGCAGCUGCCAAGCAGCUCGGUCUCUUUGUGGAGUUCGGCCCUGAGGACAUGCUGCUGGGGGUGGAGGAGACUGAAGACGAUGGGGACCUGGAGGCUGAGCUGCUGGCUCUCACCGGGGAAGCAGGGACCACAGGCAGGAAACCAGCGCCCAGGGGGCAGGCCCCUCUGCCUAUGGCCCACAUUGAGAAGUUGGCGGCGGACUGCAUGCGGGAUGUGGAAGAAGAGGAAGAAGAGGAAGGGCUGGAGGAGGAUGCAGACUUGCUGACAGAGCUGCAGGAGGUCCUGGGUACAGAUGAGGAGGCUGGGGCCCUGGAUGGUGAUGAGACAGCCAGCCUGGGUGGCCCUGAGGAGAAGGAACAGGAAAACAUUGAACCUCCGGUGCAGGCAGCUCUUUUGACAGCCCCAGUCCCAGCAGCUCAGGCUGGAGGGCCCCAGGGGCUGCAGGCCCUGCUGGAGGAUCGGAUCCGCAACUACCGGGAGGCUGCAGCCAGUGCUAAGGAGGCAGGCGAAGCGGCCAAAGCCAGGCGCUGUGAGCGCGGCCUGAAGACACUGGAGUCCCAGCUGGCUGCUGUGAAGAAAGGCAGGAAGAUCAGUGAGGAUGAGAUCCCGCCUCCAGUGGCCUUGGGCAGGAGGCCCUUGGCCCCCCAGGAAACAACCGAUAGGAGCCCUGAAGCAGAACCUCCAGCUGCCCCCUCUGUGGAGCCAGACAACCCCUCCCAGCCUGAGACAAGCCUCUUGGGCAGCCCUGGUAUUUCUGCCCCACCCGACUCAGACCCAGACCCACGGGCCCUGCUGUUGGCCCGACAGAGAGAGUACAAAGUGGCUGCUCUGAAUGCCAAGCGGGCUGGAGACCUAGACCGUGCCCGAGAGCUCAUGAGGGUUGGGAAGAGAUUUGGUGCUGUCCUGGAGGCCCUGGAGAAGGGGCAGCCUGUGGACCUGAGUGCCAUGCCCCCAGCACCGGAGGACCUGAAGCCCCUUCCACAGGCUUCCCAGGCCCCCACAGCGCCCUCAGAUACACCCCUGGCAGUGGAGCGAAUGCACCCAGUGAUGGCCUCUGACAUCCCAGCAGCCCCGGGUAGGACUGGGGACACUAUGGAGUGGGGACCUGCGGGGAGGCAGGCAGAGCUGAUGCUGUCUGCUUUCUCCUUUCAAGUGGCCCCUGCUGAGCCACAGACAGUGCUGGAUGCCCUGCAGCAGAGGCUGAACAAGUACCGUGAGGCAGGCACCCACGCUCGGGGCAGUGGGGAUGAGCGCAAGGCCCGGAUGCACGAGCGCAUUGCCAAGCAAUAUCAAGAUGCCAUUCGGGCCCACCAGGCAGGGCGGAAGGUUGACUUUGCCGAGUUGCCUGUUCCUCCAGGAUUCCCCCCUAUACCUGGCCUGGAGCCCACCGUGGCUACUGAGGAGGAUAUGAUGACAGCUACUUUAGCAACUGCCCAGAAACUGGCCUCCUCAGAGGAUACAGCCCCAGUAGAGGAAGAGGAGGAUGAGGACAAGGAUGAGCCCCCAGCCCAGGCCCCAGUGGCCAAGAAGCCAGCACAGCCUGUCAUCCCUUCAUCGCGGCCCCUGCCUGAGCCCAAGGCCUCGAGUUCUAAGGAGGUGCUGAGUCCAUCUGCACGAGAGCAGCUGACCCUGCUGGAGGCACGGAAACUGCAGUACCAGCGGGCAGCCCUGCAGGCCAAGCGUGGCCGGGACCUGGAGCAGGCCAAAGCCCAUCUGCGGGUGGCCAAAUCCCUCGAGGCUCAGAUCACCCAGGUGCGAGCUGGCCGCCCCGUGGACCUCUCCAAGGUACCUUCACCCUUAACGGAUGAAGAGGGUGACUUCAUCCUGAUCCACCAUGAGGACCUGCGACUCUCUCAGAAGGCUGAGGAGGUGUAUGCCCAGCUACAGAAAAUGCUUCUGGAGCAACAUGAGAAGUGUCUGCUGUUCUCCAAGCAGUUCAUGCACCAGGGCAAUGUGGCUGAGACCACCCGGUUUGAGAAGCUUGCUCAAGACCGCAAGAAGCAGCUUGAGAUCCUGCAGCUGGCCCAGGCUCAAGGCCUCGACCCUCCUAGCCACCACUUUGAGUUGAAAACAUUCCAGACUGUGAGGAUCUUUGCAGAACUCAACAGCACAGAAAUGCAUCUGAUUGUUGUCCGGGGAAUGAACCUCCCAGCCCCUCCAGGGGUGACCCCUGACGACUUGGAUGCUUUUGUGCGGUUUGAGUUCCACUACCCUAAUUCGGACCAGGCUCAAAAAAACAAAACAGCUGUGGUGAAAAACACAAACUCUCCAGAAUUUGAUCAACUCUUCAAACUAAAUAUCAACCGAAACCACCGGGGCUUCAGGAGAGUGAUUCAAAACAAAGGAAUCAAGUUUGAAAUCUUCCACAAAGGAUCCUUCUUCAGAAGUGACAAGCUGGUUGGCACAGCCCACCUGAAACUGGAGCGGCUGGAGAAUGAGUGUGAAAUCAGAGAGAUUGUGGAGGUCCUGGAUGGAAGGAAGCCCACUGGGGGUAAGCUGGAGGUGAAGGUGAGGCUGCGGGAGCCUCUGAGUGGCCAAGACGUGCAGAUGGUCACCGAGAACUGGCUGGUCCUGGAACCCAGGGGCCUGUGA